AUGUCGACGCAGCCCCUGCUGCAACGUACUGCUGCUAAACGCAUUGCUCUCCCAGUACGCGUAGAGCCCAAAGUCUCUUUUGCCAAUGAACGCACGUUCCUUUCGUGGCUGCACUUUACCGUGGUCCUUGGCGGCUUAGCUGUCGGUUUGCUGAACUUCGGAGACAGAGUCGGGAAAAUUAGCGCUGCUAUGUUCUCGGUAGUGGCUAUGGGGGUGAUGGUUUACGCUCUUUAUACAUACCAUUGGCGUGCUGCAUCUAUCCGUAAAGGCGGGCGAGGUCCUUACGACGACCGGAUCGGGCCCACGGUGUUAUGUGUCGCAUUGCUCGUGGCCAUUGUUGUCAAUUUUGUUCUGCGGUUCACUCAACCGGAUGCUGGUCCGUGA